AUGGCCGGACAGGAGUAUAUUGUAUACCCGAAUCAAGUGAGGGAAAAACUGGAUGGCAAGACGAUUCUUGUGAUCGGAUCUAGUAACAGUGGCGCACGAAAGGUGUGGGACAUUUUUACUCAGGUAAAACUCAAGGUCAUAAUGGUGGCACCUCAGGCUUCAAAUUUCGGGGCAGACAAAGUUGAUACAUGUAUCUAUUAUGACUAUUACACAGAAAAGUCAGACAUGGGGAAACAUGCAGAUAAUAUAAUCGAACUUCUUGGAGAUCGUGUUAGAGAUAUUGACGGGUGUUUUACCUUCACAGAACAGGAAACACCAAUAACUGCUAUCAUCUGCAGGAAGCUUCAACUCAGAGGGUUUCAUCCGGACGCAGCCCUAACAGUACGGAGCAAGUAUAAAACGUAUGAAGCCCUCAGAUCCAACAUAAAUAAAACAAAAUACAAGACGGAAGAGUAUUCACCCGUUUCUUACCGUAUUCAAAGUGAGGAGGACAUCAAAGAAGCAAAGAAGAUUAUCUACCCUGCCAUUUUGAAACCCGAACAAGACGCAGGUUCCUGGGGAGUCGUGAAGGUGAUAUCUGAGGAGGAUUGCGAACAACAAUACAAAAGAAUUCAAAGCAUUUUCAGCGUUUCUUCCUUUGGGGAAAGGUUUGGUAAAUCGAUGGUCUUGAUGGAACUUCUCGAAGGUCCUUCCUACAACGUUGACCUGGCCAUUUAUGAUGGUGAGCUUAUGGCCGCUUUCAUAACUGACAUAGGUCUUUAUCUUCCAAACGUGUUUAAUGAUACCACCACCUGUAUACCUUCUAAUCUAUCAGCGAAACUCAGGGAUCAACUGACUACAGCUGCACAUCAUUCCUGUUGUAAAGUCGGUUUACUUAACGGAGUUUUCAACACAGAAUUAAAAAUGACGAAAUCCGGUCUAAAACUCGUUGAAAUCAAUGGAAGAGUUGGCUGUUAUCGGAGAUGUAUUGUCUAUGAGACUGUACAUGGCGUUAACUUAUGGGAAGUCGCAGCCACAAUUGCCUGUGGAAUCAAGCCUCGUUUUCCAGAUGCACUCCCGAGAUGCUUUGCUGUUGGAGUGUAUCUAUUCAAUAAAUUCCAUGCUAAACAGUUUCUGAAAGAGGACGUCCAUCAAAAGCUUAGUUCUAUGGCUGAAGCUAAAGAUAUUCUGAUGGCAAUGCGAACUGAAACAGCAGAGGAAGAUUGUGAGAAGGAGUUUGCUGAACCGUUUUGCCAUUUAGUUGUACUCGACUACACAAGUAUACAGCGAGCGAGACAAGCACUGAUACAGCUCUACAAAGACCUCGGGUUCACAGAGAAAGAGUAUAACCUAGAACGAUUCACCAGUAUGUGGGUGUAA